AUGCACAACGACGUGCGGACAACUUUUGGAACUAUCUGUGUCCCAUCGAAUUCUGCCCGUAUCAUUCUGGCAGAAAGACUGAGCUCGAGUCGCACCUCAAUACAGGACGCAAGUCGAUUGAAGCAGGCAAGAUUCGGAUCCUCUGCACCGUGCUACCUCUUCUGCACACUAUACGCCUACACCCACCACAGAUGCCAAACUUUCGCAGAGAAAGCGCCGGCGCCGUCCAUAGAAGUGCUGCAGGAGGGAGGUAUUGCUUUCGAUCCUCGCCCCAUCCCUGAUUCCGACAAGAAUGCUGCACUACUUGCGUUGAUACGUGCAGCUAGUACUACGCCGGAUCAAAUGCAUGCUGGGGUCAAUAUCCAAUCGACGCCAACUCUAAAUCCGCCGACGCAUCCCCAUCAAGGUCAGCAACUUCCUCAACAGACCGCGCCGGUGCAACCUCCGAGUUCCCCCUUCGGCCAGAUGCAACUACCGCCAAACCCCAACCCACGUCUCCGUUAUCACGACAACGCCGCGUCAGGAUACCUAUUUGAUCCCAUGCCAGAUAGUGCAAACCCAAACUACCUGCAAUACAAUAACCCCCAAGCGGAUCCGCAAAGUGCCAGUGGUGUCACUCGGUAUCUGGCAGAUACAGAACAUGACUUCGUAUCUCACGAGGAAGUCAAUGCAAAUCAUGUUCUCGGUCUCGACCCACCGUUUGGGUAUGACUUCGAUGAUGGGGGUGUCAUGGAGGGUCUAAUGAAGCAGAUGGACUUCCCGAUGGCUGGGGCUGGUGGAAUUGACCCCAGCGCAGACCAUAUCAUGCCGGAUCAGGGCUUUGAGCCUUGGUCUUGGGUUUCAAAGGAUGAGAUGUAUCGUCCCAUCGUCUAUCCGCAAUUCACCACGCCCCGAGAACAAGCAACGGUCGUAGGCUAG